CUUCCAGUCUUUGCUUCCCAUUUUGUAACGUGCAGUACAUACGUCUAAUGAAGUACUGACGUUUUUGGGUCCUAUUUUAAUUUGGUCCGGGUCCAUUAACACGUUUUUUAGACCGAACGUUCAUUUAAUAGCGGGACUAAGGACAUAAAGGGUCUGAAAAACAUCACGAAUCCUGCUAGUCGAGAAAAUAUAACUUUACGUUGUGAGGAAGAAGUGGAAGAAAGAAAGUUGUGGGAAAGAAAGAGAAGUACUGACGUCCCGCUGCGGUGUCGCAUGGCCGACGUGUGCAUUUCGAAAUCUAUCGUCGCGUGGUAUUCGCCGUGCAGCAGGUAUAGACGUUAAAGAGGAAUUGCACGUGGCAAGACGAUCCUAGAAAGGAACAUACACACAAAAAGCGAACCUGUGGUACCCGGUUUUCGCGAGGACGCGGGCCACUUUAAUCUUUCCAACGAACUUCCUCGAUAAAUCUGCCGACACGUAUUAAAUCCGACGAAGAUCUCAGAAGCCGCGACCACGCGACUCUACGCACAGCAAUGUCCAACGAGGAAACUUCCGCCGACCGCAAUGUCGAAAUCUGGAAAAUAAAGAAACUCAUAAAGAGUCUCGAAAUGGCUAGAGGGAAUGGUACCAGUAUGAUUUCAUUAAUUAUACCCCCUAAAGACCAAAUAUCAAGAGUAAGCAAGAUGUUAGCUGAUGAAUUUGGAACUGCGUCUAAUAUUAAGUCCCGUGUAAAUAGAUUAUCGGUUUUGGGUGCAAUUACAUCUGUACAACAUAGGUUAAAAUUAUAUACCAAAGUGCCUCCAAAUGGCCUGGUAAUAUACUGUGGUACUAUUGUGACCGAAGAAGGCAAAGAAAAAAAAGUCAAUAUUGAUUUUGAACCAUUUAAACCUAUUAAUACUUCUUUAUAUCUUUGCGAUAAUAAGUUUCAUACAGAAGCCCUUACUGCAUUACUAGCGGAUGAUAAUAAAUUUGGAUUUAUUGUUAUGGACGGUAAUGGGGCUUUAUUUGGUACUCUUCAAGGAAAUACGCGUGAAGUUUUACAUAAAUUUACUGUUGACCUUCCUAAAAAACAUGGUAGAGGAGGCCAGUCAGCUCUUCGUUUUGCUCGGUUACGUAUGGAAAAACGACAUAAUUACGUCCGAAAAGUAGCUGAAGUAGCUACACAACUUUACAUUACCAAUGACAAGCCUAAUAUUGCUGGAUUGAUAUUAGCAGGAAGUGCAGAUUUUAAAACAGAACUUAGUCAAUCAGAUAUGUUUGAUCCUAGAUUGCAAGCAAAAGUUAUAAAGUUAGUUGAUGUGUCUUAUGGAGGAGAAAAUGGUUUCAAUCAGGCCAUUGAAUUAGCAGCUGAAUCUUUACAAAAUGUAAAAUUCAUUCAAGAAAAAAAGCUCAUUGGUCGUUAUUUUGAUGAAAUAUCUCAAGAUACUGGAAAAUAUUGUUUUGGCGUAGAAGAUACAUUAAGAGCUUUGGAAUUAGGUAGUGUAGAAACGUUAAUUUGUUGGGAGAAUUUAGAUAUUCAACGAUAUGUUUUAAAAAAUCAUACAAAUGCAGAAGAGAAAGUAUUACACUUGACACCAGAACAAGAAAAAGACAAAACUCAUUUUACAGAUAAAGAGAGUGGAGUAGAAUUGGAACUUGUGGAAUGUCAACCACUACUUGAAUGGCUUGCGAAUAAUUAUAAGAGUUUUGGUGCCACCUUGGAAAUUAUUACAGACAAGUCGCAGGAAGGAUCACAAUUUGUCAGAGGGUUUGGUGGAAUAGGAGGAAUCCUCCGCUACAAAGUUGACUUCCAGUCACUGCAGGCCGAUGAGCCUCUUGAUGAUGUUGACCUCGAUGAUUACUAAUUUCAUCCAUGAGAUACUCAAAGUCAACCAGCUCGCAUACUGGGAAAGGUAUUCUACGUUACAAAGUGGACUUUCAAAGUAUGCAGCUGGAAGAUAUUGAAAUUGAUAGUUUCGAUCUGGAUGACUAUUAAAUUCCCGAUUUGACAAAAACACGAUUCUCUUAGCUUCGAAAUGGAAAAUAGCACGUACCUCUUUGCAUUGUAUUUCAAGAAAAGUAUGCAAAGAUGCACGUUGCAAAAUAAUUAUUUGAUGCGGUACAUAGGGUAUCAUCAGGAAAUUAUUGUCUAGACUAUGAACAUCAAGCAGCUAGCAAUUUACACAGGACAGUGCGGAAAAAAUGGUGCGUUGGUAACAGUUCAUACCUGUUAAUAACAACAAAGGCAACUCGAAGACUGUGACACUUAAUUAAGCCAGCUUGAUAUCUGCCUACUCCACACAUUACCUACUAUGUUCUUUGAUUAUUCACAUGGAUUUAUUUAAUAACUUGCUCAAACAAUGGUAUCAUGUAGAAUUGUACAGUAUAUGAUUUGAGGUAUAUCAUUUUCUCUCACAUCGACGUUUAUCAUCUUGUCAUCGUGCUAUUAAAAAAAGUGGUUAUUCAUAAAUACAGUUCUAGCAUAAUUUUUGUUCACAUACGAUCAUAGCUGAGCUGUAAUAAACUGAUUGUCAUAAACUUAAAUGUGCGUAUCGUGCAUUCUAUACCAAUUGCAAAAUUCAUAUGAAUAAUAAAAAGCUCUGUACAUAUACAUAAAUUUUUAAUGGCACAGUUGCCUUAGGAGAAACAAAAUCUUUCCGUCUUAACGAGUGAUACACAUACAAAUGUAAGAACAGUUUCUUAAAAUCGAUAUUGCUUUAUUGCUGGCUCGCGAUUCUUAGAUUUUGUACACCCACGACUGUACAUAACAAAUGCUGUAUAAGCGUAUCAACCUAAUCUCUUAAUUGUUGAAGAGGUUCGCCUCAAUGGUAAGAUAAAUUUUUGCAAUAUAAGAAUAACAGUUACUAAAGAUAUUACAAAUAUUAUAAUUAAAUUUUUAAUUUGUCUUGCUUAUUUGUACAAUGCCUUUGUAAUAAACAGUACUGUAAAUGUAUAAAUGUGAAGAGAAUGCAAUGUGCGAUGUUGGCAAUGUAUCCUUUAUAAAAAAAAAAAGAAGAAAAAUAUUAUAAGGAAUAGUUUUUUUCUUAAUGCUGUGAAAUUUUCGAUAAAUGAUGUCUGUUUAUUUACAUCAUACAAUACUUCAUUUACUUUAGGAUUUUUCUGUGCAAGGCAUGCAUCCUAAAAUACUAUUUUACGACGAGCAAGAUCAAUAAAAAUUUGAUUUGCUGUCGUGUACAACGAAUUUUUAAUAGAUUAAAAAGAACAAAAAUAACAUUCAAUCUUUUAAUUUAAAUGAGAGAAAUUUUUGGAUGUUCCAAUCUAUAUAAUAUAAUAUCAAAGAUUUAAGAGCCAUAAUUAAAAAAUGUAUCUUGGAUAAACAUAUAACUAAUAAUUUGAAAAUAUAUUUUUGAAGAAAAUAGUUUGUGUGUUGUAGGUUGUUCUAAUAUGUUAUGUUUACGUUUCUGACGAGCAUUUUUUAUUUAUUUUGUUUUUAAUGUUUCUAAAUGUAAUUGACGUGAGUUAUUUGUUGGUAUAAAGAAUUGCAGAAAGUAUGAUUUUAAACAUAUAUAAAAUUUUAAUCAAGAUUCAAGUAUCAUGGGAAAAGUAUUGCGAAAUAUGAAGUUUUUUGAUUAGGCAUAAUAAUUCGGAAAAGAAUUAGUUUAAAUCAUAGCCAUAAAAUCCAUAGCGUUUUAAUCUUUUUGGUAAGAGUGGAGAUGUUUAUUACACUGCCGAAUAGUACGACGCAAUAAAGUAUCGCCGAGCACAGUAUCUACUAUAAAAAUAAGUUCAAUUUGGAACUGUUCGUUGUUUACAUUACUAUUAGCUCGUAAUUUACAUUUAGAAGUUCAUAGAUUAUUUUCAAACUAUUUUAAUAUUACAAAUGUAUCUUAUUCGAUCAACGACCAAUUAACAUUUAAACGAAUGAACGAAUGUUAUGCUAUCUCGAUCAUCAUGAUUUAUUAUCUUUUAUUUGAUAAUAAAUUUUCGUUCGAUAAACCUUCAUAAUAUUCAUGAGAAGAAGACCAAUAGAUUUAAUUCUCGAUUUUGUAAAAAACAAUAUUUAUGCAGAGGAACUCUUUCGUACAAGUAUGUAGGAAUUAUAGCCUAUUACGAGGGGUCAAGAAGCGUACAUUCAUAUGUUCAUUCGAAUUGGGUAACGUUCCAAAUGUUAGAUUUAAAUAUCAAAUUUUUAAGAAAAUAUGUUAAUUUGAUAGUAUGCAAUAAAUGAGAAAAUAUUCAUCUAGGAUUUA